AGUCAGUCAGUCACUCAGCAGUCAAUCACACGUACACAAAAACAUACAGAUACAGAUAUACGCAUACGAAUAUACAUUCAUACAUACAUACAUACAUAUAUAUAUGUAUAUACACUCACUAACUAUAUUUGAUCGCUUACACACAGACAUACUCACCAUACACUCACACACAGUUAACUAACAUACACAAGCACAUAUACAUAUAUGUAUACAAAUAUACACAUAUAUAAAGACACACUCGCUUUCACAAACACGUACACAUACAUACGCACAAGCACAUUGAUACGCACAGGUGUACACACAUACACACGUGUGCAAGUCCACAGACACCUCGUCCGCGUCGUGGAAAACCACCAACCCUAGUUCAGUCGAUUCUUGUCAGCCCAGAGGACUGGUUUUCGAAAACAACCCUCUCUCUGUUGUUGUUGUUGUUAUUGUGGUGUCUGUCUGUGCGUCUACCCAUGGCAAGCAUGGCGUACCCUAGCGUAUCGGCGGCUACGUCCAAGGCUCCCCCCUACACGGUGAACGGACUUAGCCUAUCUUCUCCAAAUGUCGACAUAUUACAUCCCGCAAUGGGGUACCAAGUGAUCGAGAGAACAGAUGAUUUUAGAAAUAUGGGCAAUGACCUAAUCUACUCCAGAAAGAUGGGGGAAACAGAGAAUAUCAUAUCAGCCGCCAAUCCCCGCAAACAGAGAAGAGAGAGAACAACGUUCUCAAGAGCUCAACUUGACGUACUGGAAGCUUUAUUCCAGAAAACUCGCUACCCAGAUAUAUUCAUGCGUGAGGAGGUAGCGCUAAAGAUCAACCUUCCAGAGUCGAGAGUUCAGGUAUGGUUUAAAAACCGCCGGGCUAAAUGUCGACAACAGCAGAAGGCACAAGAAGGAAAAAAACCUGCCCCCAAAAAGACCAAGUCACCUUCUCCACCCACAAGCUCACCCGGAACCCCCUCGUACAAAACAACCCCGAUAACGAGUCCUUCCAACGGCAGUAUGAAUUCUUCUCCACCUAUUUGGAGCCCUGUCUCUGUACCCUCGGUCAACGAUUUGAUGGCGUCAAACAGCUGUAUGCAGCGGACUGGCUACCCGAUGAGCAACGGUCAAGCGGCGGCCGCAUAUACGCCGCAAAACUACGGCCAUUCCGGCUACUACGGCAACAUGGAAUACCUUCCGCCGAUGCAGCUGCCUGUGAUGUCCACCAACCAGAUGACCUCACCGAUGUCCAGCAUCACGAACGCCCACACCACGCAGAUGGGUUCCUACGGCCCGCUGUCGGGCGCUCAGUCCUUGGCGCGUCCAAACCACGGCGAAUGUUUGGAAUAUAAGGACCCAUCGGGUUGGGCGAAAUUUCAAGUGCUGUGAAACAUGGAGGAUUCAGUAUAUCUCUUUAAAACAAAAUUCUAAAAAAAAAAAAAAAA